AUACAUACAGCUGACUUCAUUUGCCAACUUAGCAAAUCUAACUCCACAAUUCACAAACCAUGAAUUUGAGUUCUGAUUUGGAAUAGAAAUAGAAAUACUGCCCCAUUUUCCGUCAGAUGAACUGACAGAUGAGGUAAAGCUUAAAGGUCACCGCCUAGUCACUACCGAGGUAGGCUAGCCUCCGCAUUUGAGCAAGCGGUCUAUCGUUCAGCCUAAACCAGACUGCUCAGCUUUAAAAGGUCUGGGUCGCCAUAAUUGGGAAGAUGGAACUUCCGACAUUGUGGAGCCGUUCAAUAUCACAGUAUGGAAAAAUUCGAAAAGAAGGUGCGAGCAGCUACUGGGGAGUUGGGGAAGGAGAAGCAGGAGUUGGCCGGGGUGGUGGUAUCGGCUCGAAGCAGACGCUUCAACUAUGACAACUCGUUCGGGUUCAAAGGGCUGGGCGCCGACUCUCCACCGAUUGACCUCGAGUCAACCUUCUGGGCCGCAUCUUGCACCAAGCUGCUGACCACCAUUGCAGCAAUGCAGAUCCUCGAGCAAGGCAAGGUGACCCUUGAUGAAGACAUUUCACGGAUCUUGCCUGAAUUUAAAGAUCCUCAAAUCUUGGUCCGUGUGGAAGAUGGGAAGCCGACGUUGGUGCCGGCAAAGAACAAGAUAACCCUGAGGCAUCUCCUUACGCAUUCCUCAGGCUUAGGCUAUACGGUGAUGAGCCCCAAUCUCAUGGCGUAUGCCGAAGCCACUGGUCAACAAGCUAAAAUGACAGCACCUACGGUUAACGAGAAAUAUAACUGGCCCCUCCUGUUCGAACCAGGUGAGGACUUUCACUAUGGCCAGUCGGUCGACUGGGCAGGACAGGUGGUUGAGCGCAUCAGUGGCAUGCGACUGGGCGACUACCUGGCCAAAUAUGUCUUUGCUCCGAUUGGAGUCCAGCAGUCCACGUUCCACCCGAGCAGGGACCCUGCCGUGGAAUCCAACCUGGUCGAAAUGCUGCUGAGAGCCACUCCAGGUGAUUCGACAUUGACGACGACGACGAUGUUUGACCGCAAAGCGGAGUGGGAAGACAUGGGAGGCGAAGGCAUCUACACCAAUCCAACGAAUUACGUGAAGGUUCUCGUGAGUAUCACGCGAAAUGAUGAGAAGAUCCUCAAGAAGGAGUCGGUAGAGCAGAUGUUUACACCGCAACUCAAAGACCCGAGCCACCUGAUGAAGCACAUCAGCGCGCUUCUAGAGCCAGGCAUAAUUGCACAGCUCAUGGGAGCGUUGCCUGGCGAGACGGCAAUCAAUUGGGGACUGGGUGGCCUGUUGUCAUUGGAAGAGGUCCCUGGACGGCGAAGGAAGGGUUCCAUGAGCUGGAGUGGACUGCCCAACUUGUUCUGGUGGAUGGAUCCUGUUUCCGAGUCCUGCGGGUGCUGGGCAACGAACAUCAUACCCACAGGGGAUGUCAAAUCCGCGGCCAUGUACAAGGAAUUUGAGGAAGCGGUAUAUGAAGAACUUACGAGGUCCAAGUCUAGUAGAAUUUAAACUAGGGUAGACUACACGCCAUGUGGAAGCGGGAGUACAAUGACAUUCGGAAU